UCCAACGGGAACGCUCGGACCCUCCAGCCCCGCACGCCCAGCACCCGGCCGACUCGUGGACCAGCUCCCCGCGGCCCGGGCGGCGUGCGGGGCUUAGGCCUCGCAGGUUUUCUUAGAACCCAGCUGUUGAGAGCACAGAGGUCCUCCCAGGCCGGUUUCGGAAUCAUGCACUUUUCACUCGGGCCUGGGCUUGUCGUUCUCUUUUGCCUGUGGGACGUCUUGACGGCUCAGCAAGGCAGCAUCGAAGAAGUGAAAAUAGAAGUUUUGCAUCGGCCAGAAAACUGUUCUAAGACCAGCAAGAAGGGAGACCUACUAAAUGCCCAUUAUGACGGCUACUUGGCUAAAGACGGCUCCAAAUUCUACUGCAGCCGGACACAAAAUGAAGGCCACCCUAAAUGGUUUGUUCUUGGGGUUGGACAAGUCAUUAAAGGUCUCGACAUUGCUAUGAUGGAUAUGUGCCCUGGAGAGAAGAGGAAAGUGAUUAUACCACCUUCAUUUGCCUAUGGAAAGGAAGGUCAUGCUGAUGGCAAAAUUCCAGCCGACGCAACACUGAUCUUUGAGAUUGAACUUUAUGCUGUGACCAAAGGACCACGGAGCAUUGAAACAUUUAAACAGAUAGAUACAGACAAUGACAGGCAACUUUCUAAAACCGAGAUAAAUCACUAUUUGGAAAGAGAAUUUGAAAAAGAUGAGAAGCCACGUGACAAAUCAUACCAGAAUGCAGUUUUAGAAGAUAUUUUUAAGAAGAAUGACCAUGAUGGUGAUGGUUUCAUUUCCUCCAGGGAAUACAAUGUAUAUCAACAUGAUGAAUUGUAGCAUAUUUUCAUUUUACUUUCAUUGUACUUAAUACAUAUGUUGUUGUUACAUGUAUUUAUGUAUACAUACACAAGACACACACACACACUUCCCUCCGAGUUAGUGUUUCCCCUAUGAGAACAUAUUUUGAUACUCAUAGAAAUGUAUGAUUUUAGUACAAUAAACAUGAAGCUGCUUUGCAAAUUUAACUUUGAGGAGAGGUUUGAUUGUAUUGUCUUUUGCCUUAUUCUGUGAACAUGAAUUGCCACACAAUGAAAUAGUAUAUAAAUGCCAAUUUUUAAAAGAUAUUUUUAAGUGUUAAAAUGCCAUCUAGGGGUUGGAGCUACUGCACAGCAGGUAGGGCAUUUUCCUUGUACAUGGCUGACCCGUGUUUGAUUCCCAGCAUCCUGUUUGGUCCCCCAAGCACCACCAGGAGUAAUUCCUGAGUGCAGAGCCAGGAGUAAACCCUGUACAUUGCCAGGUGUGAACCAAGAAGAAAAAAAAUGUCACUUUAGUGAAGAAUACUUAGUAGGAACUCAGGAACUAACAUUUCAUGUGUGUAUGUAUGUAGUGAUUUAACAGGUAUCAAGAUGUAAAAAUGAUAAGUAAGGCUGGGGCUGGAAUGAUAGUACAGUGGGUAGGGCACUUGCCUUGCACGUUGCCAACCCAGGUUCAAGCCCCAGCAUCCUAUACAGCCCUCUCAACCCACCAGGAGUGAUUCCUGAGCAAGAACUAGAAGUAAGCCCUGAGCAGUGCUGAGUAUAGCCAAAAACCCCCAAAUAUUUGUGUAUACAGAAAGCUGAAACAUUGUUUCUUUUUCAUGCAAUCUUCUGGGCUUGUUAUCAAUGAGGAAUGUUUAAAGAUAUUUUACCAAAGAUUUUGUGCCUCUCCUAUCAGGCAAAAUAGUUUAUACUUCUCAGAGUCUUGCAUUCCUUCACAUUUUACUAUGUCAUUGAUCUUUCUCCCUAAACAAAGAGUUUAGGCAUAUCUGAUAGUAAUCUCUAAACAUUUUAAGAUAACAUUGGUAUGUCCUGUUCUCCUUGCUACAGGGAGCUUAGGUUUAUCGGGUCACACCCAUCAAAGUGCUCCCAAGUCACUCCCAUUCCUUUGUCUAUCUGUAACCACUUCUAUGCUCUCUUCGCCAACCAGUUAAUCAGCUUUUCCCCUAAUCAGACUCUGUUAAUUUGUGAGGUCAGACCUUUCUAGGACACUGAACUUGUAUUGUAAGUUAAUAUUGCCUUUCUCCUCUCCUUAUGUCUUUUGAAUAGUUUACUUUAGAGCAAUGUCCUUUUUGUAUGGACAAAGAAAGACAGUUGUUAAUAUGCUUUUGUAACAUGGGAUUUAAUUGGCUUCAAAUAUUAUUCACUCCCGGGCAUCUGCUUUAAGCCUCAGCUGCCCUUACUUCCUAGCACCUCCAAAAGGAGGGUCCUGACGAGGGACAGGACGGACCCAGGGCAAGCAGUGAGUUAUGUGCUACCCUGGCAUCGAGAUGGGCCUGGCCAACGUGCCUAAUUCUUAACUAUAUGUUAAGAGCUUGGUCAUGGACAUGUCAUGUCAUGAUCCAAAAGCAACGAUGAGACUAGGACCCUACUAGGGUUAGGAAAGACUAAUCUGGCCUGAGCACUGUAGUCUGAGAUCGAGAUGACCCCAGGAGAGAAAUUCUACAAGCUUAAUACAUCUCUUGCUCUGUCUGUACAAAAUGAUUAAUAUUAUGAAUAAUUAUAUGUUAGUUGGACAAGGAGAGGAGAAACACACCCAUGGGAUUCCACUCUUGGGCGGGUGUCCUGCUGAAAGAGAAUCUGUCCUAGAAGAAGCAUCCCCUGAGGGAAAGAACUUUACCCCUAUUGAUUGUGACCACACCUAUGUGUAAGCCCCAACCCCUCAUGCUUGGGGAUUUAGGCUGUGAGAGUGGGUUGGGGGCCAGUCCCAGUGCCAGUUCCAGUGUGAGAUCUGGAGAAGCCAGAUCGAGAUCCAGAUAGAGAAGGAGAAUGAAGUAGUAUGGGGGAGGAAGCAGGAGGAGAAUCAGAGGAGAAUGGAGAUGGGAAUGGAAUAAACUACAGCUGAGACCAAUCA